AUUUAUUGAGCGUUGAUGGUUUGCAGGAAAGGAUAUUAUAACGAAAAAAAAGCCGCCACAACGAAAACAUUUCGUGUGCUGAAUCAUAGGCUUUAAUUUACCCACGUAUGCCUUCUUAAGUUGCUUAGCUUUUCAGUUAAUGUCAUUUUAGCUGAAUAAAACGGAGACGAAUCUGUUUAUUUCCUGUAAUAGAGUGAGUGGUAGAACAAAUUUGAUCAUUUGCAAAUUACUGAGCUAUACAGGAACUGCGUAAAGCAGAAGCGAAAGCGGUUUUAGCAGCUAGCGCGAAGUAGUUAAGGUGUUGAAGGGAUACAAAGGCGCUGCGCGGCGUUUUAAAUGUUUGCAGGCCUGAGUUAGCAUAACGUUACAAGCCACUGUUAUUUGAGUCUCUUGUUUAUGGUUUUAAAACCACGCUGUCCUGCUGAGUGUUUAUAAGUGGCCGUUUUGAAUCUGUUUUCGUCGUAACAGUAAGGAACUACUGACGCAUCAAUUCUCUUUUUCUAAAGCAGCUGUAUUGCUGUGCCGUAUGUAAAUGAAAACAUUGAGAAAUACGACAAAAAGACAGUACAACAAAGGUCGUGAGGCUAUAAAUUUCAGUGAAGCGUAGUGGUCUUGAACGCUGCUGGUCCCUUUCUCCUUUUACGCCUAGUUUUCGGUACCAGAACGAUAUUAAAGUGGGCGUCGUAGCGUCGGCCAAUGAAACUAGUUGUAAUGUUUCAUGCUGAUGAUAGACCUACAUAUUGGUCAUGCCACGUCAAUCUAAAGGUAGACCAGACCAAGGUUUAAUAUACUAUAUUCAUAGCAUUUGUUGUUUAUUUGUUUUGACUGUCGCGACUACCCAGCUGUUCGCUGUACUUAGCCAGGCGAAUGAUCAGCCAAUCAGGACAGAAUAAACUGUGGGCGGAGCCUAGACUGCUGUCCGUCGGGGGCGGGAACAAAAUCUUAUGAGAGAAAACCGAAUCGAACUUACGGCGGUUCUUCCCUGCUUUGUUUGCUACACCGCGAGUGUUUUGUGUGUUAUAUAAUUUUCUUUCAUUCGUUUCCGACGCGUGAAAAGGUAGCGUAACGAAAGAGACUGCUUCGUUUUAAUAGCAGAGGUAAAUAGACAUUACUCAUUGUUUCGGUGGCUCGAGGCAUAAUAUAUCUUGGUUAUAGUUUUUGGCUCAAACGUAUUAUUGUGCCUCACUUGGUGAGCAUUUGCAUGUAAUUGUAUAAAAAACAACAAUUUACGCGAUAGUAUUUUCUACGCAGAGUUUAACGCAAUGGAGAUUUUAUUGAUAUUUUAUCGUUUAAACCGAAGAAUACAGCGUUAGAAUGUCAUCUUUAAUAAGACUUCAUGGGCUUGGCAGCGCCCUAAGAAGAAAAACACACUUGGCGGUCAGUUCGUUUCGUUCGUCAAGCACCUACGAUGAUAAAAUAACUGACAUUAAAGAAGUGCCCUACGAUUCGUCCCUUCAUAAAACUGAAAGCGAUGCUGCUGACCAAGCCAGGAAAUCUGGCAGCGUGCCUGCUGAAGCGGACGUCGUGGUUAUAGGCGGUGGAAGCGUGGGAUGUAGUACAGCUUACCACCUGGCCAAAAUGGGCGUGAAGAACGUCGUGCUGCUGGAAAAACACAAGCUCACUGCAGGCACGACAUGGCACACUGCUGGUUUGCUUUGGCACCUAACCAGCCACGAUCUGGAAAUGGAGCUUAUAAAACACACACGGGAGCUGAUGACUGAAGUUUUGCCUGAAGAGACUGGUCUCGAAACUGGUUGGGUGCAUACUGGUGGUCUAUUCACAGCAUACACUCAGCAACGGUUCGACGCGUAUAAGGAGAUGACUACGCUUGCCAAAGUCUUCGAUAUUGAGGCUCAUCUUUUAUCGCCGUCUGAGAUAAAGGAGGUUCAUCCAUUGGUUGAUAUCUCCAAUUUAGUUGGUGCUGCAUAUAGCCCUCAAGACGGGACAAUGGACCCAGCUGGUACUUGCGUUACCUACACAAGGGCAGCUGCAAAGUACGGGGCGAAGAUCUUAGAAAACUGCGAUGUUACCAGCAUUGAAACGAGCACGGACGACUAUGGAAUAAAACGCAUCGCUUCAAUCAACACCAACUAUGGACCCAUAAAGACAAAAAACAUAGUCAACUGUACUGGUGUAUGGGCACCCUACGUUGGCGAGAUGGUUGGUCUGAACGUCCCACAGUUAACAUACAAACACGCAUAUGUGGUUACUGAACCAAUAGAAGGAGUAAACAAAGUGCCAAAUCUUCGCGACCAUGAUAGUUCUAUAUACUUGAAACGUCAAGGGGAUACUCUUCAGAUAGGUGGCUACGAAUCCAACCCAAUUCACUGCGAGCAUGUUGACAAAGACUUCGCUUUCGGUCUAUAUGAUUUGGACUGGGAUGUAUUUAGUCGACACAUCGAAAAUGCCUUCAUAUCUGUUCCUGAGAUCGAGCAGUCUGGUAUUCGAUCCACCGUGUGUGGUCCAGAGUCCUUUACUGCUGAUUCGAAACCUUUGCUGGGCGAGUCACCAGAAGUCCGUGGUUUCUUCUAUGGAAGUGGAUUCAACAGUGGUGGUAUGAUGUAUGGAGGUGGAGCUGGGCGGGAAUUAGCAAACUGGGUUAUAUAUGGAAAACCCUCAAUCGACAUGUUUGCUUGGGAUAUUAGGCGGUUUCCGGGCAUGCUCCUUUCAAACAAAAGCUGGCUUCACCAGAAAACACACGAGAUGUAUUCAAAACAUUACAGCAUUGCGUUUCAUCACGACCAACCGUUGGCUGGUAGAAAUGCGAGAAAGGAUUCGCUUCACCAGACUUUGGCCGACCGCGGUUGCUUCUUUGAAGAAAAACACGGCUGGGAACGUCCUGGUUACUUUAUGUUUGAGGAAAACGGCAAGCCCAUCAAAUCCCAUCUGCUCCCGUAUGAUUACUAUGGCAACUAUGAUAACGUGAAACACGACAAUUAUAAGUACGAUGAGUUGCUGAGGAAAGACUACACGUUUGAUUUUCCAGGAGACGUACAUAAACAGCUCGCUAGAGAGUCUCUAACUUGCCGCACUUCUGCUGCUAUGUUCAAUACCAGCUACAUGGGUAAGUUGUUCUUAACUGGGCCUGACGCUGCCACCGCAGCUCGUUACCUCUUCAGUCGUGACGUCAGUGCCCCUGGAAAACUACGCCCAUGCACUUAUACGCUUAUGCUAAAUGACGAAGGGGGAAUUGAAUCGGAUCUUGUCGUCGCAAAAGUUCCGGGCUUAACAGGAGAAACCGAGUUUUACAUGACGGUUGGUGGUGCUACUACUGAAUACUGCAAAGGCCACCUCAGCGACAGGUUGUCUGAUCUUGGGAUAAAAUGCAAUGUUGACGACAGAACUAAUGACAUGGGUAUUCUCAGUCUUCAAGGUCCAAAAAGCCGUGAAAUCCUUGAUGCGUUAGUUCAAGGGGGCAAUAUUAAAAAACUGAAGUUCAGCCGCUGGAUGUCAGCAGAGAUCGCAGGAUGUCCCGUCCUUAUAAUGAGGAUUUCUUUUGUUGGUGAACUGGGCUAUGAACUGCAUUGUGAUAUGCAACACAUGCCUAAGAUAUAUGAAGCCAUUAUGCAGGACUCUGAUAAACAUGGUAUUUGCGAUUCGGGUUACCGAGCCAUGGAAUCAUUGAGCACAGAAGUUGGUUUCCACCACUGGGGUCACAGUAUUCGAUACGAUGACAACCCAUUGGAAGCUAGACUGAUGAAUCUGUGUGAUGAAGGCGCUGAUUACGUCGGGAGCGAUGCAAUAAACAGACUUCGUGGAACUAACCCGAAUAAAAUCCUCUGCUGUUUUACGGUGGACGAGCCAGUUCAACUAUUCGGACACGAAGCAAUCUGGAGAAAUGAUGAAAUCGUCGGUUACACCAGGAACGCGGUCCAUGGAUUUGCAUUGAACAAAGAAGUCGCAUUCGGAUAUGUUAAUGCGAGAAAAGUUGGUUCAUCUGAUGACGAAGCAGUUUUAAGUGGCAACUACGAAGUUGAACGAAUGGGAAAACGAUAUCCUGCUCAAGUAUUCGCAUCAAGUCCUUAUCUUCCAACUUUUAAUAGAAUGAUGGGAAAAUAUUCAGAUGAAGACCAACAACGACUACUAGCUCGAAUGAAUGCCUAAUCAUAUCAUUCAUUGCAAAAUAUAAACUACGUUUGCCAGAUGGUGCAAAUUUAAUAUGCUGCGUUUUAUUAUUACUUUUAAUUAGGCUCGUGUAUUGUAGUUUAAAGUUGUACGAUGAAUUUGCAUUCAUCGUAUGCUUACCUUGGCCGUUCUUGGUAUAGCUUAUUCGCAUUGUUGUCAAAUCAUAUCAACUCGUUGUAUAUACAUAUCGUAUCCUGCAUCGCUUUCAAAACCCUAUUAGUAGGUUGUAUAUCGCCUGUUAAUUUCUUGAACAUGCAUUUUAAUUGCAAUUUUACUGCUGUUUGCACUAUUUUAAAGCGUGCGUGAUUGCGACUUGGUUAGUUUUUAACCGUCCUUCAAUAAAGGGAAGCUAAAUAUGGUUUAAAACA